AUGACCGAACUAAGAAUCACCAAAAUCGACGUCUUUCAAGUCGACCUCCCCUACUCUCACGGCACAUACCACCUCUCCGGCGGCCGGGCAAUCACCCGCUUCGACGCCACCUUCGUCCGCGUCACCACCAACACCGGCCUGGAAGGCUGGGGCGAAAGCACCCCCUUCGACAACUACAUUGCAUCGCAUGCCGGCGGAGUCAGAGCCGCCAUCGCAGAGAUCGCCCCCAAGCUCAUCGGCCUAGACCCCCGCCGAGUCGACCGCCUCAACGAUGCCAUGGACGCUGCCUUACUAGGCAACGAGCCAGCCAAAUCCGCCAUCGAUAUUGCUUGCUGGGAUGUCUUCGGCAAGUCUGUGGGACUUCCCGUGUGCGAGUUGCUCGGCGGACGGACAGAGACGAAGCUCCCUGUUCUGGAGUCGAUUCCUGUCGCAGAUCCUGAGGGGACGCGCAAGCAUGUUGCUGAUGCUAGGGCGUUGGGGUUUACGGGGUUUUCGGUGAAGAUUGGCUCGGACCCCGUGGCUAAUGCUGCACGGGUGGAAGCUGCUCUGGUGGAUAAGAGACCAGGGGAGUUCUUCUUGAUCGAUGCUAAUGGUGGUAUGACUGUUGAUACUGCGCUUCGGAUGUUCAGGUUACUUCCUAAAGGGCUGGACUUUGUCCUGGAAGCGCCCUGUGCUACGUAUAGGGAGAGCAUGUCGCUUCGACGACGGAUUGAUGUGCCGAUUAUCUUUGAUGAGUUGGCGAACAAUGAGAGCUCGAUUGUGCAGUUCGUUGCGGAUGAUGCUGUUGAUGGGAUCGGGUUGAAGAUUUCCAAGACGGGUGGGUUGACGCGAGGACGCAGGGUUAGAGAUAUUUGUCUUGCGGCGGGGUAUACCAUGUCUGUUCAGGAUACGAGUGGUUCGGACUUGGCGUUUGCGGCGAUUGUGCAUCUCGGACAGACUAUUCCGGAGCAGUAUUUGCGGUGUAUCUUGGAGUGUAGGGCUAUGUGUGUUGGGAAGACGGCGGAUGGGCCGUUUGAUGUGCAUGAGGGGGUCCUGACGGCGCCGACUUGUCCGGGGUUGGGGGUUACGCCGAGGAUGGAUGUGUUGGGAGAGCCGGUUGCUAGUUAUGGUUGA